CUUAGUUUUAAAACCAAAUACCUCAGCAUCUUAUCUUAAAGCCCCACCCACAAACUAGCCGUUACAGUCUCAACUUUCUCUUCCCUCCUCUCUCUCUCUCUCUUGAACUUUCUCUCUCCAAAUCCAAGAACAGCUCUAAUGGCAACUUCGGUGGAAUCUCCAUCCCCUGUGUCCAUCAACAAGUUCCAAUUUCAACAGGGAUCUCCGCGCUUGAUGGGCUCUUCUUCUCCUCCCAUGUUCAGUCCCUCCUCCGACAAGCGCUUCUGGAGCACUCUUCGCAGCCGCGUCGACACGCUUCUUGAAAAUCGCAAGCCCGUCAAUCAAUCCUUUCCUCCACAAAUGAACGUUGAAGCAAUGGAUCGUGCGAGGAGAUUGAAGGAGGACUCGAUGCUUUUGCUCAGAGGGUUUGAUUCAGUUGCUCAGUCUCUUUCUCAGCUUUCUAACAACUUAGAUAAUGCCCUUCAGGGUGCUAGAGAUCUAGCUAGACCACCUACAUUGUCUGACAUAGUUCAUGCCACCCUUGAAAAAGCCAAAACUGAAGAAAAAUUGUCAAGGGAAGAGAAUAAAGAUAGAAAAGAGGAAGAAGAAGGUAAUGAAGCAGAAGAGAACAGGGGCUUGAAGAGGAAGUUGGAUAGUGAAGAAUGCAGUGAGGAUCAAGGGGAAGAAGGUUUACAGAAAGUAAAAGGAAAGAGGCCAUAUGAACUGGAGAGAAUCAAGAAAGCCAAGAAUCUGGCAAUCUCCAUGGCGACGAAAGCGGCUACCAUGUCUAAAGAGUUGAAGUCGAUUAGAUCGGAUUUGGGGUUCAUGCAGGAGAGAUGCACUUUGUUGGAGGAGGAGAACAAAAAACUUCGCGAUGGAUUAGCCAAAGGGAUCCAACCAGAUGAAGAUGAUUUGGUAAGGCUUCAAUUGGAGGCACUUCUGGCAGAAAAAUCAAGAUUAGCAAAUGAAAAUGCAAACUUGAAAAGAGAGAACCAAUGCCUCCACCAGCUUGUGGAGUAUCACCAGCUAACGUCACAAGAUCUGUCAGCAUCAUAUGAGAACCUGAUUAGGGGAAUGGGUCUUGACUUCUCUUCACCAACAGACAUUGAUGAUGAAUUUCAUGACAGGCGUUUGAAGACAGAUAUAUCAGAAUUCUCAAAAUCAUUGGAUGAAUUCUUUGACGAAGAAGAACAAGAAGAAUAGGUUCAGAAGAUGUCUGGAAUUUCUUUUAUUAUGCCUCACACCUUACAAAUAUAGUGAAGGUUCGGUCUCUCUAAUACUUGUCAUGGCUAGAUUUUACUUUGUCUAUAGGUCAAAUCUAUGCCAUCUUUGGAAUUAUUAUAUGAAGUUCAUAAUUUGGAGUACUUUUUAUGUCGACUAA